GUGCCCGCCGAGCGGGGCGGGGCAGCAGAGGCUGUCGGGAGCAGCGCGGAGCCGAGAGGGAGGAUCGUCCCGUCUCGGGAGGUCCACUCCUCUCCCCAUCCCUGCAAGAGCUGAAACUCGGAGGGAUGCCGCCCCCGUCGGACAUAGUCAAGGUGGCCGUGGAGUGGCCAGGGGCCAAUGCCCAGCUGCUCGAAAUCGAUCAGAAGCGCCCCCUGGUGUCCAUCAUCAAGGAAGUGUGUGAUGGCUGGUCACUGCCCAACCCUGAGUACUACACGCUGCGCUACGCGGACGGCCCCCAGCUGUACAUAACGGAGCAGACUCGUGGUGACAUCAAGAACGGGGCCAUCCUGCAGCUGGCUGUUUCGCCGUCUAGGGCUGCCCGCCAGCUGAUGGAUCGGAUCCAGGUGCACAGCAUGGAGGCCCGGCUGGAGGCCAUGAAGGAGCUGGCAAAACUCUCUGCGGAUGUGACCUUUGCCACCGAGUUCAUCAACAUGGAUGGUAUCUCGGUGCUCACCCGCCUGGUGGAGAGCGGGACCAAGCUCCUCUCCCACUACAGCGAGAUGCUGGCAUUCACCCUGACAGCCUUCCUGGAGCUCAUGGACCACGGCAUCGUCUCCUGGGACACGGUGUCCAUCACCUUCAUCAAACAGAUUGCAGGGUACGUGAGUCAGCCGACGGUGGACGUCUCCAUCUUGCAACGCUCCCUGGCCAUCCUGGAGAGCAUGGUGCUCAACAGCCAAGCCCUCUACCAGAAGAUUGCUGAAGAGAUCACGGUGGGGCAGCUCAUCUCCCAUCUGCAAGUCUCGAACCAGGAGAUUCAGACGUACGCGAUCGCCUUGAUCAACGCCCUCUUCCUGAAAGCACCCGAGGACAAGAGACAGCAGGGCAAGCUGCUGAACCCUCUAGACCUGCCCUGCACUGAGAUGGCGAACGCCUUUGCCCAGAAGCACCUGCGCUCCAUCAUCCUGACGCACAUCAUCCGAGGCAACCGCCCCAUCAAGACAGAGAUGGCCCACCAGCUGUACGUGCUUCAGGUCCUGACCUUCAACCUCCUGGAAGAACGGAUGAUGACCAAGAUGGACCCCAGCGACCAGGCACAGCGGGACAGCAUUUUCGAGCUGCGCAGAAUCGCCUUCGAUGCCGAGUCCGAGAGCAGCAGCCUCCCCGGCCCCGGGGCGGAGAAGCGCAAGGCCACGUAUGCCAAGGACUACAGGCUGCUGGGCUUCACGAACCACCUCAGCCCGGCCUCGGACUUCACCCAGACCCCGCCUGGGAUACUGGCAUUGGACAACAUGCUGUACCUCGCCAAGUGCCACCAGGACACUUACGUGCGGCUUGUGCUGGAGAACAGCAGCCGGGAGGACAAGCACGAGUGUCCCUUUGGGCGCAGCGCCAUCGAGCUCACCAAGAUGCUGUGUGAGAUCCUGCAGGUCGGGGAGCUUCCCAACGAGGGCCGGAAUGACUAUCACCCCAUGUUCUUCACGCAUGACCGUGCGUUUGAGGAGCUCUUCACCAUUUGUAUCCAGCUGCUCAACAAAACCUGGAAAGAGAUGCGAGCGACUGCGGAGGAUUUCAACAAGGUGAUGCAGGUGGUGCGGGAGCAGAUUACCCGGGCGCUGCCCUCCAGGCCCAGCUCCCUGGACCAGUUUAAAAGCAAACUGCGCAGCCUCAGCUACUCGGAGGUCCUGCGCUUGCGGCAGUCCGAGCGGAUGAGCCAGGACGACUUCCAGUCGCCGCCUGUCGUAGAGCUGCGAGAGAAGAUCCGGCCAGAAAUCCUGGAGCUCAUCAAGCAGCAGCGCCUGAACCGCCUCUGCGAAGGGAGCAGCUUCCGCAAGAUCGGGAAUCGGAGGCGGCAAGAGCGCUUCUGGUACUGCCGCCUGGCCCUGAACCACAAGGUGCUGCACUACGGCGACCUGGAGGACAACGCCCAGGGAGAGGUGACCUUCGAGUCACUGCAGGAGAAGAUCCCUGUCGCGGACAUCAAGGCCAUUGUCACUGGGAAGGACUGUCCCCACAUGAAGGAGAAGGGAGCACUGAAGCAGAACAAGGAGGCUCUGGAGUUGGCCUUCUCCAUCCUUUAUGACCCAGAUGAAACCCUGAACUUCAUUGCACCCAAUAAAUACGAGUACUGUGUCUGGAUCGAUGGCCUCAGUGCCCUGCUGGGCAAGGACAUGGCCAGCGAGCUGAGCAGGAGCGACCUGGACACGCUGCUCAGCAUGGAGAUGAAGCUGCGCUUGCUCGACCUGGAGAACAUCCAGAUCCCGGAGGCGCCGCCGCCCGUCCCCAAGGAGCCCAGCAGCUACGAUUUCGUCUACCACUACGGCUGACGCCCACGAGGCUGGGGGGACAGGGCGGCCACGACAGCCUUCGGGUCCUCUGCAUGUGUCGCGCUCCCGUCGGCUGAGCUGCUCCCUUGGCUCGAGGGGCAGCCCUUUCCCUCUUGGGCAGCAGAAAGGAUCGCGCUGCGUGUUCCCAUUUUGUGGUGCCGUCUGACUGCCCGGCUCCAGCCUUCCGACACCCACAGCACGAGCACAGGGGAGCUGCCUGCCGGGCGCCGAGCCAUGCUUCUCGCUGCCCCGCAACGACAGGAUGCGGCCGCUCGGGUCAUCCAUGGCGAAGCGGCCCUUGGCUGGCCUUUGGCUGCGUCUGCCGGCCAUCCCUGGCAAGGGGGCGGCAUCCUGGCUUUUCCCUGUGGGGUCGAGGAGCAGGGCUGGGCCGGCCCGGGCUGAGGAAAGCCGCUCCCUCGUGGCAAGUGCCAAGGCCCAGGGCUUGGUGCCCGGGUCAGUCCAGGGGCGGGGCUGCAUGCGCCGCCUGUGGACUUUCGGCCGUGGACGUGGCCUUCGCCGAUGUCUUUGUCCCCGGCUGAGCGCAAGCUCCACUGAGGGGAUUCCUCCCACGCGUAGGAAAGAGCUCGUCUCCCGCUGCUGCUGCUGCUGCUGCACCGACUGCUUGCUCCCAGGGACGGGCAGCCCUGGGGGCCUUACAGACAGGCUGGACCUGGCACAUGAUCCCCCCCCACCAAAUCUUUGCAUUAAAGUCUCUUUUCCUCUU